AUGAGGGGUGGCGGUGGAUGGUCCCCCUGUGUUCGAGCCCUGGGUGGACAAAGGGGCUUCCGGAAAGAGAGGAGGAGGAUGGCUAGUGGGAACGGGCUCCCUUCGUCCGCAGCCCUCGUGGCCAAGCGCUCCUCCGCCCUGGGCCCGUUCCCCAGAUACAUCUGGAUCCACCAGGACACACCCCAAGACAGCCUCGACAAGACUUGCCAUGAAAUCUGGAAGAGAGUGCAGGGUCUGCCCGAGGCCUUGCCGCCCAGGCUCUCCAGGGAGCCCUUCCGCGCUCCCAUGCCCGGGACUCCAGGAGACAACAGGCUCAGCUUCCAGGAAGAAGCUCUGGAGUUCAGCAGCUGUAAAGACGAGAUCUCCCUGUUGGCGGAGCAGGAGUUCUUGAGCCUCACCAGAGAGCACCUCAUCCUGGUGUCAGAGAGCCCCGGGGAGCUGCAGGCGCCGCCCAACUCCCCCGCGCUACCCGGCCAGCCAGGCCCGAGCCUCCAUGCGCCGCCCAUGGCAGCGGGCAGCAGGGAGCACCCAGGAGCUGUCUGCACCGCCAGCGACACGCUUCUGGAGCCGAAGGUGGCCACGUCCCUUAUGGGCAGCCGGCAGGACUGUGAUUCUGCCAUGUCCACGGUCACAGGCAUCCUGCGUGCUGCCAAGGUUAGGAGCGCCAAGGGGACAGAGGACGGGCGCCACAGCCCGGGCGUCUCUAACUCAGAGAUCAGCAAGCUCCUGGCCCAGUUCCCGCUGAAGCCCUCAGAAGCAUGCCGGGACCCGGACAACAAGAUGGUGCUGGAGGGGACGAGAGUCAUCAAGGACUUCCUGCAGAACAGCAUGUUCAAUGGCCCCGCACCCAGGGAGCCCGCUGGGCCGGGCCCCUUCCUGCUGCUGCCGCCGCCCGCCUCCCUUGCACCCCCCGACAAGCUCCCUGAGCUCCCUGCCCAGAAGCGGCAGCUCCCAGUGUUCGCCAAGAUCUGCUCCAAACCCGAGGCCGAGCCCGCCGUGGAGGGGCACCACUUGAUGGAGCGAAACCCUGGUGCCAAGGAGCCAAGCAAAGGCCGAGAGAGCCUCUUUCUUAGUCAGUGGCCUCAGAGCCGGAAGGACACGAAAGACACGAAGGACACGAAGGACACGAAAGACACGAAAGACACGAAGGACACGAAGGACACGAAGGACACUUGCGGUGAGGAGGGUUGCAGUGACCCUCCGGGUUCCGUGUCCAUGGCCCUGCAGGCCAAGAAGCCUCCGUGGCCUGCUGAGAAGAAUCUGCUCUGUGAGUUCCUCGGGGCCACCAAGAACCCAACUGGACAGCUGAGGCUUCGCAGCAAGAUGGAGGUGGAUGGGCUGGAGCUGAAACUUAACCCACCUGCCACCAUGGCCGACAAGAACAACCUCAAGUACACGGGGAAUGUUUUCACACCCCGCUUCGCCACCACCUUGACCUCAGCAACCCUGAACCAGCCACUCUGGCUUAACCUCAACUACCCACCUCCACCGGUGUUCACGAAUCACUCCACCUUCCCACAGUACCAGGGCCUGUACCCUCAGCGGGCAGCCAGGAUGCCCUAUCAGCAGGCCCUGCACCCCCAGCUGGGGUGCUACUCCCGUCAGGUGACACCGUACAAUCCUCAGCAGAUGGGGCAGCAGAUUUUCCGCUCUUCCUACGCCCCCCUGCUGAGCUACAUCCCGUUCGUCCAGCCCAACUAUACGUACCCCCAGAGGACGCCUCCAAAGCUGUCCAGCAAUCCCCGAGACCCUUCGCCCAUGGCAGGAGAUGGGCCGCAGUUCCUCUUCCCCACGCAGGCAUAUGGGUUCGGCUCGACGUCUGGUGGACCCCUGAUGAACAGCCCCUAUUUUUCCUCUAGUGGGAAUGGCAUAAAUUUUUAG